UUCUCUGUAGCUAGAUCUGGAACCUACUCAGUAUUCCUGAAUACCACGCCUGCUCCGUAGGCAUCUGAAGUAAUAGCCAUGAGCGUGGAGUCAUAUGGAAGAUUUGGGGCUGAUGAUGACGAUGAUGAUGAGCAUGAUGGUCCAGGGCGCCACAUAUCCCCUCCAGAAGACCACUGGAAUCUCAUUUAUAUGGCACUGGUGCUGGCUGGGAUUGGCUUUCUUCUUCCUUACAACAGCUUUACCAUAGCAGUGGAUUACUUCGAGAAACGUUACCCCAAUUCCACAAUUGUCUUUGACAUUUCAAUUGUGUAUACCUUCAUAGCAUUUGGGGCUGUUCUACUCAGCAACCUUUUAGUAGAGUUGGUUCCUCUCAAUGUCAGAAUCAUAUUUGCUAUUGAAUUGGAUAUCACUGUCAGAUUCCAGCUCAUCUAG